AUGUCGACCCUCUCCGGCCACUGGCAACCCAUCCCUCACCACCCCAACGUCUACUACGGCUCCAACUGCGUAGCAGACCACCUCCUAAGCUCUCUCCCCACCCCCACCUCCAAAGCCAUCAUCAUCACCGGCAACACCCUCACCACCCGCACGCCCCUCGUCCAACAACUCCAAGCCCUCCUCACGCCCACCCACCACGCAGCCACCAUCUCCACCAUCACCCAACACAACCCCUCCCACACCCUCGACGACGCCCUCUCCACCAUCCUCACCCUGCAUGCCACCGACCCCACUAUCGACACCCUCAUAUCUCUGGGCGGUGGUUCCCCAAUCGACUCGGCUAAGAUCCUCGCCCUUCGCUUCUACGAGCAUCACCAUAAUCACCCCCCUAUCCCUUCAGAACCCUCAUCUCCACCAUCCCAACAUACACAAAAUGCCCCCCCAAAUCCGAAACUAACCCACCUCACAAUCCCCACCACCCUCUCCGCCGCCGAAACCACCCCCGGAGGCGGCUUCACCACCCCCACGGGCACAAAAACCGCCCUCCUCUCCCCACUCAUGUCCAUCACCACGAUCUUCUACGACCCAACCUACACCAAAUACACCCCGCUCCACCUCUGGCUCACGACCGGAAUCCGAGCCCUCGAUCACGCCGUCGAAGCGAUCUACCAUCCCACGGCGAGCGAAGUACCCUGGAAGAUUCUCGCGAUCCAUGCCGUGAAGGAGUUGUUUGAGUGUUUGCCGCAAGCGAGGGAUACGCAUCCACGGGAUGAGGGGGUUAUGGUACGCUUGCUGUUGGCGGGGUUUGCGAGUAGUGGGUUUAAGGGCGGAUUGCUGGGUGGUGGGGGCAUGGGAUUGAGUCAUCGUUUGGGGUAUGCGUUGGGGAGUCCGUAUGGGGUGGGGCAUGGGGUGACGAGUUGUGUUACCCUGGGGAAGGUGGUGGGGUUUGUGGUUGCUGGGGGGUUGGGUGGGGGUGAAGGGGAGAAGGGGGUGGUUAGGGUCCAGGUGGCGAGGUUGUGUGAGGCUGUUGGGGGGGUGAGGACGGGGGAUGUGGUGGUUGAUGCGGGGGUUGUGGGGGAGAGGAUUGAGGGGUUGGUGGAGGGGUUGGGGUUGAGGGUGAGGUCGUUGAGCGAGUUGGGGAUUAGGAGAGAGGAGGUCCCGGUUAUCGUGAAGAGGGCGUUGCGGGGGGUGCAGGAGGGGGAGAUGUAUGAGAGGGUGGUCAGGUUGGUGGAGUCGUUUUUUUAG